CGCGGUUCUGGCGCCGCGUGUGGACGGCUAAAGCGCCCCGGGCCGAGUCUCUCCGGGUUCUUAGCCUUGGCGGCCGGACGGGGAGAUGGCGGCGGAGGUGUUGCCGAGUGCGAGGUGGCUAUACUGUGGGCAGCCCGACGAGAGCCAGAGAGCCGUACUGGUGCAGUUCUCCAACGGGAAGCUGCAGAAUCCAGGCAACGUGCGUUUUACUUUGUACAAGAGCAAUGACUCCACAAACCCCAGGAAGAGGAGUCAGCGGAUUCUGGCAGCUGAAACAGACAGACUUUCCUACGUGGGAAACAAUUUCGGGACUGGAGCCCUCAAAUGCAACACUUUGUGCAGGCACUUUGUGGGAAUUCUCAACAAGACCUCUGGCCAGAUGCAAGUGUAUGAUGCUGAAUUGUUCAACAUGCAGCCACUGUUUGCAGAUGAAUCACUUGAGAGCGACUUGACACAAGAGAGUCAGGCCAAAACUUUUAGAGAAAAGAUGGAUUCUUGCAUUGAAGCCUUUGGAACCACCAAACAGAAGCGGGCUUUGAACUCCAGAAGAAUGAACACAGUUGGCAGUGAAUCUCUGAACUGUGCAGUAGCUAAAGCUGCAGAGAAUAUUAUUGAUGCGAAGGGUGUAACUGCUCUGGUCAACGAUGCCAUCCAUGAUGAUCUGCAGGAUGACUCCCUCUACCUUCCUCCCUGCCACGCUGAUGCUGCCAAGCCUGAAGACGUAUAUAAAUUUGAAGACCUUCUCUCCACUGCGGAGUAUGAAGCUCUUCAGAGCCCAUCCGAAGCUUUUAGGAAUGUCUCAUCAGAGGAAAUACUGAAGAUGAUUGAAGAGAACAGCCACUGCUCCUUUGUCAUAGAAGCAUUGAAGUCUUUGCCAUCAGAUGAGAAGAGCCGAGACCGCCAGGCCCGAUGCAUAUGGUUUCUGGACACGCUCAUCAAAUUUCGAGCACAGAAAGUGAUAAAGCGGAAAAGUGCCCUGGGACCCGGAAUCCCCCAUGUCAUCAACACCAAAUUGCUGAAGCACUUCACCUGCUUGACCUACAACAACGGCAGCCUACGGAACUUAAUUUCGGAUUCUAUGAAGGCGAAGAUCACUGCAUAUGUAAUCAUACUUGCCUUGCACAUAAGCGACUUCCAGAUUGACCUGACAAUGUUACAGAGGGACUUGAAGCUCAGUGAGAGAAGGAUGAUUGAGAUAGCGAAAGCCAUGAGGCUGAAGAUCUCUAAAAGAAAGGUGUCUCUGGCAGCUGGCAGGGAAGAGGAUCACAAACUGGGCACCCUGUCCAUCCCGCUGCCUCCAGCCCAGACCUCGAAACACCAGUCAAAGCGGAGGAAAAUCACCUAGAGGUGUGCUUCCCAGAUAAGAGCAUUUUGGUCACCCACAGCCACUUCUUUUCUUUUCCAUUUUUAUUUUUAUAAUAAGAAGGAAAAAGAAGCCUCGCUUUGGCGUGGGUAUGAAGCCAGAAGCCAGCAUCUCAGCAUCUCAAGUUGUGCUUGUCUUCAGUGGAAACAUAAAGUGAUGACCAUGUUAGCCUUGA